AUGCGGGGAAACUGGUUCUACCCCCCUCCUGGCACUCACCUUUAUUUCUUCUUCUUUCUUCUUCUUUUCACUUCCUCCGCACUCUUACUCUUCCUAAAAGAAUUUCGUGGCCACAAUAAGUCAACCAUCAUGCCUCAUCGAAUUCCUAGAUUGCCUCGAGCCAAGCCCUCGGAGGUUCUAUGCAUUGGUGCAGCUGGUGUCGGCGUUCUGACCCCACUAUACCUGAUUAUGCCUGGUGCCGAAGAGAGACUGGCACGUCAGACUGCAAUCUGGGCACCCAGAUGGGAACGCAAUAUUACAUAUUUCACUCCUCCUGUCGAACGCGUUGUGCAACGUAUCGAGCCACCAAUUUCCAGGGCCAUUCAGAGGGUUGAUGACCGUCUCCCACUAGAGAAAGUGGCAAAGAAAGUUGACUCAAGCAUCAGGAACGGUAUUGCCAAGUUUGGAGGGCCUAAGCCAUAA